AUGGCUUCCAACACUAUAUCGGACGCGCCGGUCGAGAAGGGAGCGCACUCCCAUGGAUCAGAUUUCGUAUCUAUCGAAGAGAAAAGAGGAGCGUCAAGUGACAAGCAGAUUGAGGACGUCGACACAGUCGACGGCAACCUGCAUUACGAUGAAGUGGACGAGGAGCCCGAACUCCAUAUGCGAACCUAUGUGGCCCUGUUUUCCAUGUUUCUGUUGAACAUGGUCCAGGUUGUCGCUCUACAGGGGCCUCCUGCUGUGCUCGACUGGAUCGGUGAAAGCCUCGAAAACCCACAGACGCAAACCUGGGUCCCCAAUUCUUUGUCACUCGUACAGGCGGUGCUCGGCCCCGUCAUCUCGUUGGCCUCCGACACCUUCCAAGCUCGAAAAAGCAUUCUCGUCGGCUCAUGUCUCACGUCACUGGUUGGAGCCGCCAUCGCCCCAGGUUCUCACGGCAUGGGUCGCCUGAUUGCGGCCCAAACAUUGAUCGGCUUUGGCUUUGCAGCUGUACCGCUCGCCUAUUGCGUGCCGAGCGAGAUUUUGCCCCGGAAAUGGAGGCCGAUGGCGCAAGCUUUCAUGAACGUGGCCGCGGCUCUAGGUGCCAUUACCGGCCCCAUGGCAAUUGGUGCUCUGACCAAACGUGAUCCAGUGAAUGGAUGGCGAGACUUCUACUGGAUCCAAACCGCCUUCUGGGGAGCCACGGCUGCCGGUAUCUUCGUGGGCUACAGACCGCCCAAGCGACACACCCGCCUGGAUCACCUUUCGGUCUGGCAGAAGUUGGGGCAUUGUGACAUCCCAGGCUGCUCCCUGCUCACCGUGGGACUGUCACUGUUCCUGACGGGUCUCAACCUGGGCGGAAACCUGUACCCCUGGACGAACUCGCGCACCCUCGCCACUCUGAUCAUCGGACUCGUCGUCCUGAUAAUCUUCGGUCUCUACGAGUGGAAGGGUACCAAGAUGGGUAUAAUGAACCACGAACUCUUCCGUGGCGGUAAGGCGCAAGGUCGAACAUUCGCCAUCUGCGUGGGCCUGAUCUUCAUCGAGGGCAUCAUGCUCUUCUCGUAUAUUGUGUUUUAUCCAGUCCUGACAACCUCCCUCUUUGAAACGGAUCCAUUGUUGCUCGUGUCUCGCGAAAUGCCAUACUGGGUCGUCGGCGGCGCCUCGACCAUCAUUUGGGGCUACGCAAGCACCAGGUUCCGCACCAUUCGCGAGCCCCUGUUCGUCGGCUAUCUCAUCUUCACGGGCGCCAUCAUCGGCUUUGCCUGUAUCCAGCCGGAUGACUCCACGACAACUUGCAUCCUGAGCGGCCUCGCGGGACUCGGUUUCGGUGCCCCCUUGAUUCUGAUCAUCACCGGCGUCCAGCUGUCGACGCCACACAGCCUGAUCGCCACAGCCACAGCGGUGACGACCUCUUCGCGAGCAGUCGCCGCGACCGUCUUCACGGCCAUCUAUGCCGCGGCCCUGAACGACAGGAUCGCCGCCAAUAUCCCCAGCGGAGUGGGCGGAGCUGCUGCCGGAGCUGGUCUCCCGGCCGCUUCGAUCCCAGCCUUUGUGCAAGCCCUCGCGGGCAACCAACCUGACGCUUUGAGCAGCAUUCCGGGCGUGACUCCGGCGAUCAUUGCCGUUGGCGUGACGGCCUUGAAACAAGCAUUGGCGGACUCGAUCCGCGUGGUGUACAUCAUCGCUGCACCGUUCGGCGCGUUGGCGUGCGUCAUGUGCUUGUUCAUUGGGGAUCUGCGCAAGACGAUGAAUUACGUCGUCGAGGCGCCCGUCGAGGAGCUGCACGCGAAGAAACAUCAUAGGGAACAGACUGCGUGA